UCUCCAAGCUGUGCCCCCACACCACCUUCGGUCCCCACCUCCCCCGUCCGUCACCCUGGGAUCUACGGAGGCAAGCGGGGCGCCAGUGUCGGCCAUGAAGCUGGUGAACGUUGGGCGAGGGGAAGGCGGAGAGAAGGCGGCGUUCUCCUUCAAGAAGUGCUCGGCCUUUCAGUUCGUCAAGAGGAAGGUGCGGCGAUGGAUGCGGAAUCCCAAAGUGAGCGUGGAGAAGGCGCCGGGCAAAUGUCUGCUGUACCCGUGUGCCAAGUGCCCCCUGGCUGAGGAGCUGUGGUACCCCCACUACCCCUCGCCGUGCUCCCUGUACGGCUGCUGCCACUACGUCGGCCCGCCUUACUACGCCGGACCAACCCACCGCUCCCAUCCCGAACCGUCCGCUCGGCCAUCGGAAAGUUGCGACAAGGGCAAAGGCUGCAAGGUGAGGAAGUGGAAGAUGCUGUCGCAGCACCCCCACGGCAAGGCGAAGGACAGCGACGUGGCCGAGGAAGCCCAGCCAGGCUGCUGCCGGCGUCGGGGGCCGCCCGCCUACCCGGCCGGCCCCGUCGUGCUGGAGUGCGCCGUGUGCAGCGGGCCCUACGUGGGCUACGCCCCGGACGACGCCUGGCAGCCGCGCCAGCGCACCCAGGCUAUGGACCUUUACUACCACAAUGAGUCAGACCCAGACAACUACUGUUGCCCCGGCGACAACGGUGAGUCGACCGCCAGCAUUCGUGCCGUUCUGUCGCUGUUACCUCCGCCAAGGCUGAGUGGACAGAACUACCUAAAGAAAUUAGCAAGGGUCGUGAUUCAAACAUCGAACGUCUCAACUGUGCAGCUAACCACCACGCCGCCGUGGUACCUCACCGUGAACACAUUAAAGGGCUGA